AGAAUUCCCCAUCGAUUUUCUUUUCUUUUUUUACAGCAGCAGUUUCUCUUGUUUUUUCCUUUGUUGGAGGUUCUGACGCGCUUCCACCAAACUUUCUAUAGUCCUGUCAUUCCAAUCCUUCUUGACCUCGACAGUCCGGCCUCCCUUCAAAGCACACUGUACGCCUUCUUUUUCCUUUUCUUCUGUUUCACUUACACGUCGUUGUGUGUGUGUGUGUGUGCGAGCGCUGAUCUUUCCUGGUGUCGUCUUGUUCACAGGAAUCGACGGCGUUCCUCUCUCGCAACGGUCAAAACGAAGACACAUAUUCUAUAGCCUCUGUUGGACGUCAAGUCGCCUCCCCUCUUCUUUGUUCUUUUCUAUCUCAUUGUGACUAUCGUGCUUUCGUUCUCCCCUCCGUCUCUCUCUCCCACACAGUAGAUCGUCGAAGGUAACGCACGCAGCAGGUGUGUGUACUCUCUACUCUUGUUGUUAUUUAGGUGUUUUUCUUUUUUGAGGCAAGCAGCCGUAAGCAGAAAAUGAGCGCAUCUGUCCAGACGUUGGCCACCGUCAUGGCGACCGACAUGAACUACUACGCCGGUGACCCGAGCAUCCUCUCCGCGAACGUGAUGACGGGCCGCGUCGAGCAGCUCCUGCAGUCCUCCCGCUCCGACCAGCUCACCACACGCGUCGCCAUCCACGCCCAGCUGCGGGAGGCCUUCAAGGAUGCGGAGGUGCAGAAGAAAUUGGCGCCCUUCCUGGAGCCUGGCGAGGACAUCAAGCAGAACGUGCAGGACGCCAAGUCGCGUGCGCAGUUCUUCUCACAGAAGCAGCAGCUCCUGCAGGCCGCCAUUCUCCAGAGCGACGAGCAGAAGCAGCUGAAGGAGGCGCACGGCGAGCUGGCUGCGUGGGAGCGCGACAACGCGGUGCUGCUGCGCCAUCAGAUGUUCAUGACCUACCUGCCCUCGCAGGCCCUGCUGCUCGAGAGUGCGGCCACCGUCGCCCUCUACCGGCAGUACGCCUCCCUCGAGGAGGGUCAGUACACGAGCGACAGCAGCGAUGGCGAGGUGCCGACGAUGCUGAAGAAGAUGGGCGGCAAGACCUACUUUACGCAGUCGGAGCAGCCCUUCGAGGUCGACACGCACAACAAGAUGUUCAGCCAGCAGGUGCUGCAGAAUAAACGUGUUGAGUACGAGCAGAUGCGCGAGAACGUCGCCCGCCUGCGGCAGGCCCUCGAGGACUGCGAGACGGUGAAGCGGCUGGAGAGCUUCAUCGAGGUGCGCAACGACAUCUACGCCCAGUUCGGCAUCGACCGCCUCGUCUCGCUGUGCGGCCGGAAGGAUAAGGAGAUGGGCACGCCGAACGAGGGCGGCGUCGACGCGAGCCUGAACAGCCUGCCCGCCGACAACGAAUACGUGGCGUCGGCGCGCUGCGCCCAGUACUCGCUGCCCAAGAUCGUCGACGCGGCGUACAAGAACUACCUGAACAUUAUCUCGAUGGAUGACUGGGAUGCCAUGAUGAAGCACACAAACAGCGACGCCAGGGCGGUGAUGGAGAAGAUCAAGCCGAUGAAGGACAAGGAGACGUUCCGCUACUGGUUCCUCUCAUGCCUCACGGCUGACACGCCGCAGACCGGACCGAACAAGAUCGUAGGCCAGAAGGCGACGCCCCUCGAGGACUACAAGAAGUUCUGGACGCCGCAGAAGUCCAACUACGUCCCCUCCCUCUCAGCGAACCGCGGCGCCUUUGUCAGCAAAGUCGCCGACCGCCGCGGCCUGCCGCACAUCGUCGUUCUCUCCCCCGCCACCUACCGCUACCGCGAGAACAACGACGCCAACGCCAUUAAAACGGGUACGAUCGACCUCAUGGUGUACGACGCGACAAAUGAGAAGGUGCUGCUGAUGGUGACGAACUCCGCCGAUGAGCGCCGCCCGCGUGGGGCAUUCCUCAACGCGCAGGAGGAGCGCUACCGCUUCGCGGCCGUCGUGCGCUCCGCCAUCACCUACGAGAACCAGUACCACGGCUUCGAAUGCGAUGGCGUCGUCGCCGAGUACUUCUUCGAUGCCCAGGACGGCCCGGAGGAGAACUACUACUGCAUCAUGGCCCCGCAGCGCCUGUACGCGAAGAUGAACAGCAAGGUCGAGGUGCCGCUGAAGGCCUUCCGUCCUUUCACCUCCUGCCCCCCGCGGUAUUUUGUGCUCGGCUCGAACUGGGGCGUCAGCGCUGGCAACCCGCGCAACCCCUACCCCGCCAGCUUCGCCCACAUGGAGCUGAACGAGGACGCCAUCGCCCUCAGCAGCGCCAUCCCGGACAACUUCAUUGCUGAGAAGGUACUGCCGAACCUGCUGAGCCGCGCCGAAGGACUGCAGCAGCUCGAGGAGAAGAAACGCCAGCAGCAGCAGCAGCAGCAGCAGGCGGAGAAGCAGCAGCCGUCGCCGCGGGGGUCGAACCGCACACCCCGCAGCGGCGCGACGCCGCGCUCCACCGCGCCAGGCGCGGCCGGCAGCAGCAGCAACAACGGCAACUCCGCGGCAGACAUCCUCGCUGAGGAGAACCUGCGCGGCCCUGGCGAGGAGGAGGACCCGCUGAGCCCCGUAGUACCGGACGAGGUGAUGCACCCGGUGCGCGACCAGCUGAUGAAGCAGCGUCGCGCGUGGCAGCCCGCCGCCUACGUGCAGUUCCGUGCCCGCAACGCGGACCUGAAGCAGCUGCCGGCCGUCAAGGACGGUCACCUCCGCACCCCGCUCAACGUGUUCAACGACAUGAUGAAGGAGAAGCACGGCGAGGAUGCGCCGCCGCCGUCGACGCCGAGCAGCGCGCGCCGCAGCAACGGCCCCAACUCGAACCGCGCGGCGAAUGUGGCCUGGUUCUAA